CACAGAAAGCUCCACGUCAACCCCAAACAUAAACUUCCACUUGCACUUCCCCAUAUUGGCAUGAUGAACCUCUGAUGCGCCAAAUCCCCUCCUCCUCUUCCGCGCGAACGUUCUUCUGCCAAAUUACCCAAAAGAUUCCUACGUUUCUGUGCUCAUAAAACCAAUCACCUAAUCCUCCUCUACAACUCCAGCUCCUCGAACGUAGAGCCACGAAUAAGCAGCCCACCCGAUCAUCCACCGCUAUACUUGGAGCCUCACGAAGCGACACAUAAACACAACCAACCUCUGCGGAGCUCCAGCCCAUACACUCAGCCAGAAUGGCGUCCUUCUUAGAGAAUUCCUACAGUCUGGUGCACCAGGAUAAUGCGGCAGACGUACCUUCAAUGUCUGAGUUGCGGACACAGUUGGAGAAGGGGACAGACGAGAGCAAGGUGGAAACCAUGAAGCGGAUUCUCACAAUCAUGCUGAAUGGGGAUCCAAUGCCUCAAUUGCUCAUGCACAUCAUUCGAUUCGUUAUGCCUUCGAAACAUAAGGCUUUGAAGAAACUCCUGUAUUUCUAUUAUGAAAUAUGCCCCAAGCUAGAUGCUAGCGGCAAGUUGAAGCAGGAAAUGAUUCUGGUUUGGUAUUCAUAUCUGUAGCAUAUGGGAAUAGAAGGAAAAUUCUAACACUGUCAAUAGUAACGGCAUCAGAAACGAUUUACAGCACCCCAACGAAUACAUUCGAGGGAACACAUUGCGCUUUUUGUGCAAGCUUCGAGAGGCGGAGCUUAUUGAACCUUGCCUUUCCACCGCCCGCUCUUGUCUUGAACAUCGACACGCAUACGUCCGAAAGAACGCCGUCUUUGCUGUUGCCUCCAUUUUUCAACAUUUCCAAAGCCUUAUUCCAGACGCCCCUGAGCUGAUCGCUACAUUUUUGGAAACCGAAAGCGACCACACCUGCAAGCGCAAUGCUUUCGCAGCAUUGGUUAGCAUCAGCCACGAUAGUGCGUUAUCAUACUUGAGCAGCGUUUUCGAUGGUAUCCUCAAUGCAGACGAGCUUUUGCAACUGGUUGAGUUGGAAUUUAUUCGCAAAGAUGCCGUUCAGAACUCACAAAACAAAGCCCGCUAUUUACGCCUCAUCUUUGACCUUCUGGAAGCUGGCGCCAGUACCGUGGUUUAUGAAGCAGCUUCCUCUCUAACCGCCCUGACCAGCAACCCCGUCGCAGUCAAGGCAGCCGCUUCGAAAUUCAUUGAGCUGAGUAUCAAGGAGGCUGACAAUAAUGUCAAAUUAAUCGUAUUAGACAGAGUUGAUCACCUGAGGCAGAAGAAUGAAGGCGUUCUCGACGAUUUGACCAUGGAAAUUCUCAGAGUGCUUUCAAGUCCAGAUAUCGAUGUUCGACGGAAAGCUUUGGGAAUUGCUUUGGAAAUGGUCUCUAGCAAGAACGUUGAGGAGGUCGUUUUAUUGCUGAAGAAGGAGUUAACCAAGACCGUGGACCAAGAAUAUGAAAAGAAUAACGAAUACCGUCAAUUGUUGAUACACUCAAUACAUCAAUGCGCAAUCAAAUUCUCAGAAGUUGCUGCCAGCGUUGUUGACUUGUUGAUGGACUUCAUUGCUGAUUUCAACAACACUUCAGCAGUCGAUGUUAUUUCUUUCGUCAAGGAGGUGGUUGAGAAAUUCCCCAAGCUACGUGCCGGAAUUGUCGAGCGCCUUGUCUCUACCUUGAGCGAGGUGCGUGCGGGCAAAGUUUACCGAGGUGCACUUUGGAUCGUAGGAGAAUACUCACUGGAGGCAUCUGACAUCAGAGACGCGUGGAAACGUAUUCGGGCCAGUUUGGGUGAAAUUCCAAUCUUGGCAUCUGAACAACGCCUUUUGGACGAGGUUGCCGACGGACAAGAAGCACCAAAGGAGGAUCAAGUUAAUGGUCACUCGAAGGCAGCACCUACAGGAUCACGUCGGGUUCUUGCUGAUGGAACUUAUGCGACGGAGAGUGCGCUUACCAGCACAUCUGCUGCAGCCGCAAAAUUAGAGGCUGUCAAGUCAGCCCAAAAGCCUCCUCUACGACAACUUAUUCUCGAUGGAGACUACUACUUGGCGUCCGUUCUGUCAUCCACACUUACCAAACUUGUCAUGCGACAUUCGGAAAUCUCCAAAGAUAAAGCUCGUACCAAUGCAUUACGAGCUGAGGCCAUGCUUAUCAUGAUUUCCAUCAUCCGUGUUGGACAAUCACAGUUCGUCAAAGCGCCUAUUGAUGAGGAUUCGGUUGACAGAAUCAUGUCUUGCGUAAGAUCGCUUGCUGAGUUUGCACAAAACAAGGAACUUGAGACCGUCUUCCUCGACGAUACACGCAAAGCUUUCAGGGCUAUGGUGCAAGUUGAGGAGAAGAAACGUGCCGCAAAGGAGGCUCAGGAAAAAGCCAAGACAGUUGUUCAAGUGGAUGAUGUUGUAUCCAUCCGUCAAUUGGCAAAGAAGAAUGCCGGCGAUGGAACUGAUGAGAUUGAGCUUGAUUUGGAGAAAGCCACCGGUGGUGAUUCUGCAGUUGAAGAUCUGUCUUCCAAACUCAGCCGUGUUGUUCAACUUACCGGAUUUUCGGAUCCAGUCUACGCGGAAGCAUAUGUCAAGGUUCACCAAUUCGAUAUUGUUCUCGAUGUUCUCCUCGUCAACCAGACGACUGAGACUCUUCAGAAUCUGUCGGUGGAAUUUGCAACACUUGGUGACCUCAAAGUGGUAGAGAGACCAACGACGCAAAAUCUUGGACCACAUGACUUCCAGAAUGUUCAAACCACUAUCAAGGUUUCAUCAACUGAUACUGGAGUUAUCUUCGGUAACGUUGUCUACGAUGGUGCAAGUUCAACCGAGAACAAUGUAGUUAUCCUGAAUGAUGUUCAUGUCGAUAUCAUGGACUAUAUCCAACCAGCAGUCUGCACGGAAACGCAAUUCCGAACCAUGUGGACUGAAUUUGAGUGGGAGAAUAAGGUCAACAUCAAUUCCAAGGCCAAGUCGUUACGAGACUUCUUGAAGCAAUUGAUGGCUUGCACUAACAUGAGCUGUUUGACACCUGAGGCGUCUUUGAAGGGCGACUGUCAAUUUUUGAGCGCCAAUUUAUAUGCACGAAGCGUUUUUGGUAGGUUCAUCUGAAAUUCCAAAUCUUGACAAGACUAACCAGUUUUAGGUGAGGAUGCACUCGCAAACUUGAGCAUCGAGAAGGAAGGAGAGGAUGGACCAGUGACGGGUUUCGUACGAAUCCGAAGUAGAUCUCAAGGUCUGGCACUUAGCUUAGGGUCACUAAAAGGCUUGAACAAGGUUGGCGAGGCAGCUUGAGUGGGAUGAGGAGAUGCCAGUGAACAAGCCGAUAUUGUAUAAUCCCUCUUUCUUGGGGGGGAAUUGUCGGACUCGUACACUCCUAAUGAGAUAUGAGAGAAGAGCAGAAGGGCACUGAGCGAGGACUCGCUUCCCGCCGUGCCCCAAAGAAAUAUUGAUUGCAAGUUUUGUCGAGUACUAUAGGCUUUGUUCUUUUUUAUUUUUCCCGUGCUCAUAAUCGUUAUGAAUGAAAAUGGGCGAGGAAAAGGGGAAAAGAAGUUCUUUAUUUUGAUUUUAGAAUCUCUGGUGGAGGGUGGAAGUAGAAAAUGAAGCAAGUAAGAUUUUUUGAAUUGAUCUGGCUGUUUUUCUUUGGUGCACAGUAGGAGGUUUUUGAUAUGGGCUGGCUGUUUAGGGGUUCUCGUACCCUGAAUACACCCCAAUAAAAACCAGUAAGACUUACCUCAUGCUUAAAAAUCAAAAUCUGGUACCUGACAGUUGAGCAAUUUGCCACGCCUCACUUGUACAUACGCAUAACAUGACAGGGUCCUAGCUUAUCUUAUCUUAUUCGUAGGUGCCGAGUGCUGUGCCCUUUUUAAAUUUUGAUAUUGAUGAGUUGGGGGGAAGGAAGGGGGUUUGGUAUUUGUAUAUGAACUGUUUCUCGAUGGGUGAGUGGUAGGUAUUUGGGGAACGUGUAGAGAGUAGGUAGGUACUUGGAGGUGACCCCACCCCAUGACCCCUGACUUGGUUGUUUAUGAGGGAUCGUGGGGUUGAGUUUGUGGAUUGUGCUGGGCUGGGUGAUUGCUGGUGAUUGUUGCGUACCUGGUUUUUUUUUAUGGCUUUAUGCCCGGGACAUUUGGGAAUGUUUGGGGGUUCUUUUUGUAUUGAAUUAUGGGUGGAAGUUAACAAGGGAGAGAGUAAAUUCGCCCAAGUAGUGGUUUUCGAGUAGUCAGAGGUCUGGAUUGGAUAAUGAGGGAUAUAUCAUAAGUGUCAGCCGACUAUUAAAUGCUAGACAAUACUACUGGUGGUAGAGCUAGGUACAAAGGUCGCGGUGGACUAAUUCAGACUAGUGAUUGGAGUGAUUGGAACGAUUGCAACGCCUUUGAUGCCAUUCCCUGGCACGGAUGAUGAUACCCUAAGAGGCAAGUCGGGAGGAAUCAGUGCUGGGAAAGGUAUUGUCAUAUGCGAAGACGGAAGUCCACCCGAACCAUUGUCGCACUGGUAAGUUUACUCAAGUACAGUUGCGGACCACCACAUGUGUUGGUACGAGUACUGGCUAAGGUUGUGUUGUGGACGUUAGUGGGAGCAUUUGGGUUAAACUAUUCCAAGGCUUGCUGAGCUACCCUGUGAGCUCGGCCUCGGCAUCUUUUAUUUUUGGGCGUCUUGCGAACGCGGGUCUUGUGCAGGUGGCUUUCUCGGUCCGGGCGGGAACUGGUUAAGAACGUCACCCGCUGAAUACAUUAUUCCGUAGCUCUCAUCCCAACCUUAGUACCUACCUACCAUUACCACAACAUUUAACAACACCCAAACGUCGACCAUGAGCCGAGUAUUGGAGUAUAUUGAAGA